GAAAAGGCUGGUUGCAGAUGAAUGCUGGCUUCCGUCAGGGUGUCUACGGUCUUUAUAUGCGGAGUUGCAUACGAAUGUGACUUUAAUUACAUCUUCUAGACUUUUAGCUGGGUUGCGAAAAGCUGCAGCUUGUAGAGAUGGAGGUAAGCUGUGGGCGUCUUUGCUGAAGUUGGCGCAGGUUGAUUCGAAAGGUGGGUUUCACUGUGGAGUUGGGCCGAUUCUCCUCCGCAUUUCCCAACAAACUCCGCAAAUUUGCCCCGUCGCUUCCGUCGCACUCCAAGCGCUGUGAACACAGCCCUAAGAUGUGCUUGUUGCGAUAGGACGUUCGGAUCUCUUUGAUGAAGAAGCCCGCAGGAGUGGUGAGGUAGGGUAGAGGAGUACGGUGGAACGGACGUGGCAUAUCCUCCGCUAAUUGUUGAACAUUGGAAGUCAAAAUUAAGUGAGCGUAGAAACUCCGCAAAUCCACACACGCCAGUAGACUCCAGGCGGUUGGACACAGAUGCAAUUCAGAGUGGCCCAAAGCGAAAUGCUCAUUGUUUGCAGAGUCAACAGGUAUAAAAUGCGUUUUCUGCCUCAAAUUAUAAAAUUCCAACCACGCUCUUCAGCCCCUCGCUUCAAUCUAAACCAUUCUCAUAGGUGCGUAGCUUAAUUGUUACCGCAAUGUUUUGUUGACAAUGUAUAGCAACACACGAUGCCAGUCCAAUCGCAAACUCUCAGUGAGUGGGUGACAGAGCUCAACGAUACUCUGUUCAUUCAGCCGAAUGACGAAAUCGCCCUCAAAGCCGUCCAUGAGCAAGUGGAUCCAAGCUUAGUAGUUAAGUACGCGACCCGAACUUCAUAACAUCUUGGCAAGCACAUCUGACAGAGGCGCACUGCCAGAAUCAACCACAAUGUCUACACGUACGACGAAUUUAGGUCAGGCCUUCAACACGCCCGUAGUUAUGGUACAUCGACUCAAGACACCUUCUCUGUGAUUCUCCAAUGGGAGAACCCGGAAAAGCCGGACGGCGUGGUGGCAGUUCUUAGCAAAAGCACGGUUAAGGAAAAGGCAACGGGAAAGGAGACUAAAAAGACCAACGUGAUUCUCUGGGAGGUUAAGUGGAUUGAUGGAAAGAGGAAGCUUACAGGGCAGACGGAGGUAGAGGCUUUAUAAGAACAAAGUCCGAGAGGUUGCUAUAUGUAGAGGUUGGUGAUGCCUCGGUGGAAUCACAUGAGAUAGCUCAUAGAGAGAUAGGUAUAUCACGAAUACUAAGCUUGAUCGUUACUUGUAUGCAAAGAGAAUACUGGUAAGUCACAGCAUGCGGGGCUUUUUGAACCAAGAUAGCAAUUGCAGCUUUGUUGUUGAGGCUGGUUAGUCAAUCGUCUAAUUAAUUAAAAUUUAUUGAAGUUAAGACUUGGUUUAUACGUUUCUGUAUACAUUAAU